UGUAUUUUUUAUGAAUACAAUAUUAAUCUUACUUCUAAACUUCAAAUGCAUAAUAAACCCUACCAGAAAAGCCAGCUUCAUUUUUCUUUAUAUAUAUAGACCACCACUCUCUUCCACUUUUAAGUAUUAAAAAAAACCACAAGAGUUGGAUGCUCACACUUUAAGUCUUCUUCGUUUUUCAUCCGUAUUUUCCACUCACUUUUUUUCUUUUCACUUUUUCUUCUUCCUGUUACACCCUUCUUGUAAUGAUAGCUUUCAACACCCGUGAACCACAAACCCAAAUAUCUUCACCAAAACUUGGUUUCCCUCACUAUAGAUAUUUCAGAUACACUUUCCCUGCAAUCCCCUAUGCCAAACAACAAAAACCAACGUAACAGUCCGGUGGAAACUCACCGGCGAGGCAAACUAACAGAGAAAUCAUCGUCUUUUUACGGUCACACUACCUCCACAGAAGAAGCUAGGUUGGCCAGUACUCAAAUUCGGCGGCCGAAGACGAUGCCGGAACUCGUCCUAGACAGAAAGCGUGCGGCAAUAACGACGACGUUGCCGGAGAUUUUCCCGAGACAACCGUCGAAGCUGCUACUCAAGGUUACGAUGAUGGGGAGCCUUGGUCCGGUCCAAGUGCUGAUGACACCAGAAUCAAGCGUUGGAGAUUUGAUUGCAGCGGCGGUGCGCCUAUACGUUAAAGAAGGCCGCCGUCCAAUCUUGCCGUCGAAUGAAGCUUCCCGCUUCGAUCUCCAUUACUCCCAGUUCAGCUUAGAAAGUUUGGAUAGAAAUGAGAAGCUGAGGGAAAUUGGAUCAAGAAAUUUCUUUAUGUGUCCAAAGAAAUUUGGAGAGGGUGAGAAUAAUGGUGGAGAGAGUAACGUAACGGCGUCGUUUGGAACAUGUUCGACGGAAGCGGAAAAAGCGAGCAAAGGUUUUGGUUUGUUAAGGUGUAUGGAUUUCUUGCUAUGAAAAUGAUUGGAUCAGAACGAAACACCACUUGCCCAUGUUGUGUUGUGCCAAGAACAGUCACUAGUGUUUUCAAUAAUUUGUGGAAAUAAUGUCUUGAAUUGAUCUUUGCGUAGUUGUUUUGUUUCAUACUUUUCCUGCAUGAAAAGUAAUUGUUUUGGAUGGUUAAGAUAGGUCUACAAUCUACAUCGUUGAUGCUGAUAUUUUCUAUGUCGAGGACAAUUAUUUGUUUGUGAUAUAUACCAUGAUAAAUAUGAUCUUAGUUUUAUA